ACUGUUUGACAGGAGAUUCAAAUGGGGUUGUUUGCAUGUCUAGGCGGUAAUUCAUGUGACGCAGAUUCUACGGCGUACCCUAUGAGAAAGAAGUUGGUGAUUGUUGGGGAUGGGGCCUGCGGUAAAUCCUGCCUGCUCAACGUGUUUACACAGGACGACUUUACCCUCAGCUAUAUUCCCACCGUCUUUGAGAACUACGUAACAGACAUAGAAGUGGAUGGAAAACAGAUCGAGUUGGCACUUUGGGAUACUGCCGGGCAGGAAGAUUACGACCGCUUACGGCCCUUAUCUUAUCCCGAUACUGACGUCAUCCUGAUGUGUUACUCCAUCGACAGUCCCGACAGCCUGGCCAACAUCGCCGAAAAAUGGGCCCCGGAGAUCAACCAUUUUUGUCCCAAUGUUCCUGUAGUUCUAGUGGCAAAUAAAAAGGACUUGAAAAAAGAUGAAGAGAUCAUUACUGAACUGGCAAAACUGAACGAAAAACCGGUGGAUUACAUGGCUGGGGAAGACACUGCGGCAAAAAUUGGUGCUUUUUCUUUUCUUGAGUGUUCGGCGAAAACGCGAGAGGGCGUUAGGGACGUAUUUGAGACUGCCACGAGAGCGACGUUAUUGAAAAGGAAACGCCGUAAGAUCCAUCGCAGAUGUUAAUUUUUUUUCACUCUGUUCUAAAGAAAUUUGUCAUGAGUGAUGCUGGGCAAAGAGAAGCAAAGUAAAGACAAUCAUGGUAUUAAAAAAUAAAUAUAUUUCAAGUAAUGCUGCAAUACCUUCUGCUAUACAUGUACAAUUAGGCUAUAUGUGGCAUCAGUCGUUUUUUUUUUUUUUUUUUUCUUUUUUUUU